AUGCUAGAUGAAAUAACACUGCAUGGAUUUGAGACAUUUGACUCUGCAGAGCCUGCCAGAUUAAUGUUUAUCUAUCAUGGUACAAGCUUUAUAAAUGAUCGGAUCACUUUAGAAGAGUGGCCAGCUCUAACUCCCCCUAUAAAUCGGGACCAAAAAUCGUUAAAAUUUCCAUUUUUCGAUACUUUAACCCCUUUAAAUCGGAACUAUAUUUGUUUCUCAAUAGGAAAUUUAUAGGUUAAAAUAAUAUAGAGGUUUUCCUCUAUAUAGCGCUGAAAGCGCAGACAUUUUCCCAGGAGCUUUCCAAGUUCGUCGGACCAAAUCGCUUUUUGGUCCGACCAAGGCAUUGAUUUGGUGCAACCAACCGAUAAAAUUCCGAUCAGAAUUUAUCCGCCUUACAGCGCCAAACAUAGGAAACUUCUAUAAUUUUUAUUUACCUAAUUUAAUGGAUAUUGUGUAAGUAGAAUGCUAUAUAAACAGUUUUAAAAUUGAAUCGAUUAAUUUUUUUAAUUAAUUCUCCAUAAAAUAAACUAAAAUUCAAAAUUUAAAACAAAAUUAACCCUCUUUAAAUUGGAACAGAAUUUUGUUCUAAUUUAACGAGGUAAGAGACACAGGAUUUUCAGAAUUUGAUUUAAUUCCAGUUUUGAGCAUGGACGGUCUUUCUAUGGCUGGAGCUUAUCCAAUACUUCUAUAUAUUUCCAGAAAACUAGGAUAUUAUCCUCAAAAUGUGCAAGAUGAAUAUUUUGUUGACUCUACAUGCGAGUUCAUUUCUCAUAUCUCGAAAUUCUUCAUUGAAAUGAAAGAAAAAGAUAUGGACUGAAUCACCAGAUUUUCCCAAGAAAAGCUUCCUAAUUUGUUGAAAAAGAUAGAAAAUACUAUCACGAAGAAUAAUGAUGGGAAUGGGUGAUUUCUAGGAGAUCAUAUCACUUUAGUUGAUUUUGUGGUUUUUGAUUUUAUGUGGAAUUUUCUGUUAAAACCAGGAAAAAUAGAAGCAUAUGGACUACUUGUAAGCGAAUCUUCUCCUAAAGUAAUGGGAUGGGCUUGCAGGAUGAUAAAAGAGUCUCCAUCUUUAGCGAAAUAUAUUUAA